AUGUUCGUGGGGUUGGUGGUCCGAUGGGGGGCUUGGAGCAUCCUGUUUCAGUUUGGACCGGGUGUGUCUGCGGGAGGAUGUCCUCCGCGCUGUGCGUGUCGACCGGAGGCCAAAGAAGUCAUCUGCUCCGGUAAACACCUGAACUCCGUGCCGGAGGGCUUUUCCGGCGAUGCCAGACGUUUGGAUUUAUCUCACAAUAAGAUUAAGACCGUCGGGCGACGCCAGUUCUCUGGCCUCCCGCAACUUCAAGAGUUGGAUCUCAGCGAUAACAUAAUCUCCAUGAUCGAGGUGGAGGCCUUCCAGAGCCUACAGAAUCUCAGGACUCUCCGGAUUAAGAACAACCGGCUGAAGAUCAUUCCGGUCGGGGUGUUUUCUGGCCUUUCCAGUCUGCGGUUUCUGGAUUUGAGCCAGAACGAGAUUUUGGUCUUCUUGGACUACACCUUUAAAGAACUGGCCAACCUGCAGACGCUGGAGGUCGAGGAGAACGACUUGGUCUUCAUCUCCCCGCGGGCUUUCUUCGGUUUGCAGAAUCUGCAGGAGCUCAACUUGGACCGCAGCAACCUGACCUCCGUUCCCACCGAGGCGUUGUCCCACCUCCAGAGCCUGACGCGCGUCCGCAUGCUGCGCCUCACCAUUUCCACGCUGCCCAACAACGCUUUCCGACGACUCCACCGCCUGCGGAGCCUCCUGAUAGCGAACUGGCCCGCCUUGGACACCGUGGCUAGCAACAGCCUGAUCGGUCUCAAUCUGACGUCGCUUGUCAUCAACAGCUGCAACCUGAGUACCGUUCCUUACUCGGCGUUCCGUCACCUGGUGUAUCUGCGCUACCUGGACCUGUCCUACAACCCCAUCUCUGUUAUCCAGGGUAAUCUGCUUGGGGACCUCCUAAGACUCCAGGAGUUACACCUAGCAGGGGGGAGCCUGCUACGAAUAGAGCCGGGGGCCUUUAGGGGACUGGCCUAUUUUCGCAUGCUGAACGUAACGUCCAAUCAGCUCACCACUUUGGAAGAGAGCGUCUUCCACUCCGUGGGGAACCUUCAGGUGCUGCGGUUGGAUGGGAACCCCUUGGCGUGCGACUGCCGGCUUCUGUGGGUCGUACGUCGCCGACUGCGCUUGAGCUUUGACGGCAAUCAGCCCACUUGUUCGUCGCCCGACGUGGUGAGACGGCGUGAGUUCAGAGAGUUCUCCGAGAAGGAGCUCCCCAGGCUGUUCACGUGCCGCCCCGCCCGGGUCAUGGACCGCAGGCCGCAGGAGGCGCGAGUAGAGGAGGGCACUACGGUCGUUUUCUCUUGCAAGGCCGACGGGGAUCCAUUCCCGUCCAUCACCUGGAUCUCAUCCCAUAAGAAUGUAGUCACUCCAACGGGACGCAUCCGAGUGUUGCCCAACGGUACUCUGGAAGUGCGUUUCGCCCAAGUGCAGGACAGUGGCACAUUUCAGUGCCUGGCGGGCAAUGCGGCCGGCAACGACAGCCUGACCGUGGGCUUGUACGUGAAGGGGCUCCCCCGUAACCGAACCAUCCCCUUCUUCUCGGACGAGGGCUGGGUAGAGCCUUCGAACUCCCAAGCUGCCAACUCCUCGGCUCAAAUGUCCAAGCCGUACCCGUUGGACGCGAAGACCCUGAUUAUCGCCACCACCAUGGGCUUCCUGUCUUUUCUAAGCUCGGUGGCCAUCUGCUUUGUCUUCAUGUUCUUCUGGAGCCAGAGCAAAGGUCAGAUCAAGCACACGGCGACGAUUGACUUCGUUCCCCGGUCUUCGAUGGGCGGUGGAGGCGACGGAGGGGACGGUGGCAGGUUCACCAUGAAACUCAUUUAA